AUGACGGAGGCAAAAGCAAAUUCCAUUUUUCCGCCACCGCACGGAGAGGAUGACAAAGCAGUGGACGACCAUGUUGGGAAAGAGGAAGGAUGUGACAACCCUGUGCUUGAGCAAAGGUGCACUGAGGCGGGUGUUGGCUUGGCCAGUAUUGGAGUGCCUCCACGACGCGUGGGCAAUCCUAGUGGGCGCGAUUUGAAGAGGAUCAAGAUCGUUUCACCACCAGGGGGGGCAGAUGCCGCCACAGCAUCGGACUCUGUCGCAGCCACCUCAACUUCAAUGACGUGGACAGCCAUGGCAAUCGCAGCGACAGCGGCGGGGACCGCGGACGGGAUAUCGGUCGGUCAAGAGGAAGACACGGAGGAGCUUCUGCCGCAGGAGGAGGAAAUGAGUGACUUGGAGGACCCUGCUUCCACCAAUCUGCAUCGCUUGGCCUCUGUCCUGCUCAACCAACACCUGCAGUCCCCGUCGAGGAGCACUUCGCCGGUGAUUGGCGGCAGUCCGUUGUCUUCGCCUCCCCUGCUGCUCUCGCCGUCGGAGAUCGACCAUGCGCGUCUCCUCUUUUCGGCCGGCGAUACAGGGGCGGACGUGGACGAGGACGACGAGAAGGAUGAAAAGGAGCGAGAGGAUAAUGUCGGCGGCGAGAAAGGCGGACGAGAUGCGGGGAUUGGGUCGAAAGGACUUGAGCUGGUGGUGCGCUUGUUGAGGCUCGGCGGGCCCCCGGCGUCCCGACCGCCCAUGACCCAAUGA